AUGUUUGCAAUUCCAAGAAGACGAUCUUUAUCGAGUAUAGUCGAAAAACAUCUUAAAAUAUCGAGAAGUUCCCAUGAUUCUACGAGUCCACUUGGCUCCCCUACCUCGGACGAGGUAUUUUGGGAGGCCGGUAGAUCGGUGCCGAGAACUGAGAAACGUCGAUCAGUGCCAGUGCCAGUCGGGGAUAGACACUCAUGCUCUGAGGACCGAGUCCCUGCCCCCCAUGGACCCCCACCGUCACCAGGCGCGGCAGCGGCCCAACAUCGAGUUGCAGCCGCAUGUCAAGCCAGCAGGAAGUUGCUGGAAGAAACUCUUGCUAAACCAGGAAUCCCACCAUCUAUAGUGCAACCUCCUAAUGGUGGAUACUGGGUGGACGGAAUAGACGAGAUUCAGGAUGGAGAAGAGCCAGAACCUAGAGCGCAACCCGGUACUCCACGGCAGGCGUCCAGGCGGCACAACAUUGAUACCGACGAUACUGCCAAAUACUACAGGCGAUUUUUCCUGGGCAAGGAACACGUCAAUUUAGUUGGGACAGACGAAAACCAAUGCCCAGUAGUGAUGUCCCUCAAAAAUGAACAUGUGGCUGGCCAAGAUCACACGAGGAUACUUUUAAGGCUCCGAACAGAAACUAUGCAUGGACUUACACCCUCCACAAGAUCGAGCAUAAUGCCAUCGCCUUCGAAAAUGGCUAAAAUGCUGAACGAACAAGUGAACGUAGAUAAUUUCAUGCCUGUCAUGUGUUUAAAUGCGUCGCAAUUGAUCGCGGCCUACGACGAACACGUGUUAGUGAACAGUUUCAAAUUUGGAGUACUUUAUCAGAAAUACGGCCAGACAACUGAGGAAGAAUUGUUUGGUAACAACGAAACGUCGCCCGCCUUUGACGAGUUUCUAGAAAUGCUCGGACAAAGAAUAAAAUUGAAAGAUCAUAAAGGUUAUAGAGGUGGCUUGGACAUCAUGAACGGACAUACAGGUUCCGAGGCGGUCUACGAGCAGUAUCAUAACAGAGAGAUUAUGUUCCACGUGGCUCCAUUACUGCCCCACACCGCUGGAGAUGCGCAACAGCUUCAGAGGAAGCGACACGUUGGAAACGAUAUCGUGGCGAUUGUUUUUCAAGAAAAGCCAACCCCAUUCACGCCAGAUAUGAUCGCCUCACAUUUUCUCCACGCAUUCAUCGUUGUGACGCCUAUGGAGACGGCAGGCGGGGAGACCAGGUACAAGGUGGCCGUCACCGCUCGUGGGGACGUACCAUUUUUCUCGCCGACUCUCCCCCAGCCGCCAGUAUUCCGAAAGGGGCGUGAAUUUAAAGAGUUCCUCCUCACCAAACUGAUAAAUGCAGAGAACGCGUGCUACAAAGCUGAGAAAUUCGCCCAACUCGAGUUGAGAACGAGAUCUUCGUUGCUACAGAAUUUGGCUGAAGAUUUAAAGACUAAAACCAUGGAGUUUCUUGGUACGGGUAUCAGGAUAGCUGAAGCGGGAGCAGUAUCACCACAACCAGAUCUAACGCCUAAACAAGAUGGCCCUGGCGCUAGAUUUAUAGAUACGGUGAAGAAAGCACUAAUUUCAAAAGUCAGUUCCAGAUCACCGAGUGUAGAUACGAAUCUCUCUGGCGAUAGCAAUAAGAUUCCAAUUAAUAAGAACAAAUUGCCAGCACACGAAACACACACACCAAACAGCGGUCGUUCAAAAUCUUCAAUAACGUCAUCAUCAGCGAGUGCGGUGUCAGUACGUUCAGCGGGAGGCUCAGGCGAGUCCAGUCCAGAUGUGACGUCACGUGCUGCCCCACCGCGACCACCACUCGACCAUAGUGAUGACUCCAGUCUCAAUUCCGUUGAUUUGGACCCUCUUGGUGGUGUCUACGUGGACAGUGAUACAGGCUUAGAAUCGAUGUCGUCUGCGGAAGCGGGCGGCGGCGGCGGCGGGGGCGGGGGCGGGGGCGCGGGGCAGGGUCGCGGGGAACCGCUGGCAGCCGCGCGCGGCGACGCUGAACUCCUCCGCCAGGAGGUGUGCCGGCUCAAGAACGACAAACUAGAUCUGCUUAAACAGAAUAUUACAUGGCAAAAUGAGAUAAAAUGCCUCCGAGAAAGAGAGAUGUCGCUGCAAGCGGAACUAGCGGCCACCGCUAGAGAAGUGAGACGACUUCGCGACCAACAAGCCGGCACCAUCAUCUCCAAUCCAUCAGCGCAUGAAUCCACCGCUUAGAUAUUACGUUCUAAACUUACUUUAAUUUCAACUUUAAUGCAACGCAUUAAGGUAGGCUUUACAUUUCGUCAACUUAAAGCGCAGUAAUAGGCGAUAAUUAUUAUCGCCAUCUGAUCUCUUACUGUGUUUUAAUGUUUUGGUAAUUUAUUUAAUAAUAACAGAUCUGAGACUAAAAAUCUAUCCUACUUGACUUAGGAUAACAUAUAAACAUAGACGUUAGCAAUUAAUGCCU